AUGUCGGACCGAUCACAGCCUUACAACAUUCCACGCGAUGCUGACCUUGCGAUCCCCUUUCUCGAGCGGGUUUUGGCUGACGCUCCCUUUCCUCCCAUCGCAAUUUUCUUGCCUCGAGAAUUCGCCCAUCACGACCAAGAGCUCAAACUUGAGGUGACCGCGGUGACAACUGACCGCGAUGUCCACAUUACCAAGCACGAAGUCGAACGCUACCGAUUUGGCAUUUCACCAAAGUACAGACCAGAUGACAGGGUUUAUCUGGUCAUGGACAUGUACGGUUUUGGACUUCCUGCCCCAGGAACCUGGCGUUUUCAAAUUAAGGGCUACAUUUGGGUCGACCGCAAGUACAUGGAGGUCCUUAGCAUUAUCCCCGACGAGGUCACAGAGGCAGUUACAGAGGAGAACUAG